CACAACUAGGUACUUGCUCGUAUUGUGUUUUAUAUUAUCCUGUCUCCGUAUGAUAAUGAACAGUCAGAUCUGUUGCACCGCAUCCAAUCGGACUCACGACUCUCCAUGGUCCCCGUGGAAUCCCGACUUCUGAAGUUUUUCACCAUCCACGAACUCAUGCGCUGGCCGGUAAUUGGACAGCAAUUUGGCCCUCAUCUUUGCAACACCGAUGUGUUUAGCCCCAAACCCAGCCAGUCUGCAGAGGACCAGCCAUUCAAACGGUGGCAAGAUCUUCGGAAGCGGGUUAUUGAACACAACGUUCGUGUCGUGGCCAAAUAUUACACUCGCAUCCAGAUGGGCCGGUUGACUCAGCUUUUGGACCUGACCGAGGAAGAGACGGAAAAAUAUAUCAGUGAACUGGUUACAUCGAAGACGAUCUAUGCGAAGAUCGAUCGUCCCGCGCGGCUCGUCAACUUUGCCAAGCCGCGCGAUGCCGACGAUGUGCUGAACGAAUGGAGCAGCGACAUGAAGAGCCUCCUGGGGCUCUUGGAGCGCAUCGACCAUUUGAUCACCAAAGAAGAAAUGAUGGCCCGCAUCCUGCCUACUCGGGAGAAGGGCAAGGCCCGCUAAAUGAGCCGAUUGAAGAUGUGGACAGCGAUUAUGAAUCGGCGCUGAAUGCACGGCGUGUAAAACUACGAGAUAGUAUCUAGAAAUGGAUUAAUGCUUUUGCAUGCUAUAUACAUACAUGGCAUCGCUCUAUGUAUCAUCAAAUGGU